AUGCACCAUUCCCAAUUUAGGCAUUCAGUCAGCCCAACUGAGUCUGGAAUCUUCGGGCCUACGAAGGAGUACUAUACGCGAUUUGAUGAAUGGGGAGUUCUUUGUCCUCCGCAAAUGCCUGCCAACUUCGAUUUGGUCGUCCGCCAAAUCGGCGUUAUUGAGUCCUACCUAGUACAGGAUGAUAGCAAACGUCGCCAGCCUCAUAGCUUAGUAAUUGAUGAAUUCGAUGUAGGAGCGAUUAGGGUACAAGCCCAGAUAUAUCGGCCUAUGUCUCGCAAUAGCAGCUGGAUGCUUUUUGUUACUGUUGGGAGGGCCUCUAUUUCUGACGGGAACCAUCGAAGUAUAUAG